UUGAUCUUGCAUCCCUAUCAGUUAAAAAAAAAUUGAACUCAUACCCUAAAAGUAUAUUUACUUAUUAUAUGUUACAGAGGAUGGAAAUUGGCCAAUAAAAGUCUAGUCCUUAUGAAGAUGCCCAGGAUCCUCCACAUGGGGAUUUCACAUGAAGUCCCCAUGGGGAUUUCUGAGCACAUGCAAGAAUUUCUGGACUACUUACCACAUGAAGAAAAAGAACCAGAAUUAAGAAUGCUUACAUAGAGCGCCUAUUAGAUAAGGCAUCCCCUCUUCCUGAUACUGGAGUAAGGAUCCCAAGAGCUUAUAAGGGCUACAGGUCAAUUCUAUACAUGUACUCCUAUACAAAUAAUUAUUCACAUUAUAAAACACAAAAUCUCAAAAAAGAUGAGUUAAGGAUGAAAUAAUAUUUUAUUCUAGAGUAAUUAGGGAGUCACUGUGCUUGACUGAGUAAGAGAGUGAUGAUCAUACCCAAGCUUUAGGAAAAUCACAUUAGCAGAUGAGUGGAAGAUAGAUUGGAGUGCAGAAAGACUUAAGGAUGAGAGACCAAUUAAAGUUCUAAGGCAUCCUAUCACUUUUGACCUGACAUGGUGUAUAUCCUGGAUAUCUCUCAUUCAUCCCAGAGUUCCUUUCUAUUCAGUUGUCUCCUCCUCCUUCUCUAUCUCAUGGAGCUGAAUGCAGAAGAUGGAUUGGUGAUUGGUCAUAGAGAACCAAUUCUGGCCAUGGUUGGGGAGGAGGUGGAGUUUCCCUGCUACCUACCUUCCAAAUUGGAUGCAGAAGACAUGGAGAUACGUUUUUUCCGGAACAAAUUCUCUGAAAUUGUCUUUAUCUACCAAGAUAGACAGGAGCUAUUCAACAGACAAAUGGUAGAGUACCGGAACCGGGCACAAUUAAUAAAGGAUUACAUCCAGGAGGGGACUGUGGCCCUACGCCUUUUCCACAUUGUCCCUGCUGAUGAGGGUCAAUAUGGAUGCCUCUUUCAAUCCAAAGACUUCUCCAACAAUGCUACCUGGGAGCUGGAAGUUGCAGGACUAGGCUCAGAUCCACAUAUCUACUUUGAAGGUUUUGAAGAAGGAGGCAUCCAACUGAGAUGUAAUUCCGAAGGCUGGUACCCCAGACCCAAGGCAGCAUGGAAAGAUUAUCAAGGGCAACAACUACCCUCUCUAUCAGAAGCUAUAACCCAGGAUGCUCAGGGACUUUUCCACUUGGAAAUGUCUGUGGUGGUCAAAGAGGGAGCCCAUAGCAAUGUGGUUUGUUCCAUCCAGAAUACCCUCUUAGUCCAGAAGAAAGAAUUUACAGUUCAUAUAGCAGAUGUAUUUUUACCCAAAAAUUCUGCCUGGAGAGGAGCAUUCAUUGGAACGUUCAUGGGGCUAGCUAUCAUUCUAGUGCUCUUCAUGAUUCUGGCAUUCUAUUUCUUCCGGAAGCAACAGAGAUCCAAAGAAAAAUUGAAGAAAAAAUCAGAGAAGGAAAAAGGAAAAUUCACAGCUGAGCUGGGUAAGCUUCAGACAGAAAUUGACUGGAGAAGGGCAGAAGGACAGGCUGAGUGGAGAGCAGCCAGAAGAUAUGCAGUGAAUAUAACUCUGGAUUCGGAUACUGCUCAUCCCAGCCUUAAGGUCUCAGAAGAUGGCAAGAGUGUUAUCUAUUGUGAUAUAAAGCAGGACCUUCCAGAUGGCCCUAAGAGAUUUGAAGACCAACUUUGUGUCCUCGGUCAGGAGGGUUUCAUCUCAGGGAAGCACUACUGGGAGGUAGAGGUCGGGGAGAAAAGUAGGUGGUUCUUGGGGGUGUGUUACGACUCUGUGGAACGCAAAGGGACAGUAAAGCUAUGCCCUGGGACUGGUUACUGGGUGAUAGGGCUGUGGAAUGGCUGUGAGUAUUUUAUUUUCAAUCCUCACCGAGUAUCUCUAACAUUGAGAGUGCCCCCCAGGCAAAUAGGAAUCUUCUUGAACUAUGAAGCUGGAAAGGUUUCUUUCUUCAAUGUGACUGACAACUCCCACAUAUUCACCUUCACUGACAAAUUCUCUGGGACCCUUCGCCCCUAUUUUAGGCCCCGAUCUCAUGAUGGAGGAGAACGGAUCAUUCCUUUGACCAUCUGCCCAUUUCCUAACAAGGGUGAUAGAGUAGAUGCCAAAGAUGAUGAUGAUUGUGACACCUGGUUACAACCCUAUGAUUUAUCAGAGAGCACUGAAAGUGAGUAGUAAGGGUCCUUAAGAUCUGGGCAGGAUACUUUCUCAAAAUGUGCUAUCUAAACUUUGGGUAAAUCUCCAUUGUUUAAGUCUCCUAGAAAGCAGUAAAGCUUAUGUAAGCACAUAAAUACUCUAUAGUCAAUUCAGAAUUAUCUAUGAUCAUGGAAGACAGGAGAGCACAUAUUAACUGGAGGGCAUUCUUCACCUCAAUUUAGCUAAUACUUUAGGUACCAUCUUCUUCUAACUCUCCCAAAAUCUCUUUUAGUAGAGUUGCUCAUGGAUAAUUAAAACUUCUAUAUCCUUGUUCCCCACCUACUCCCAGACAUGCCCAUCCUCUGGUCAUAAGUCAUCACUAUGUCAAAAUAGCAGGAAACAAAAUGGAAAGAAAAGAGAGAGGUAUGAAUAUUCAUGUUAUAAUCACUCUCUUAAAUACUCUUAAUGAAUCAAAAAGGAACUGAUCAUUCAUAAGCAACUAUCUUAUAGGAACAAAAUGGUUAUUACUUACAUAACAUAUUGUGGAUUUAUUUUUAAAAGAAUGUCUAUUGCUAAAUGCUUGGUAAUAA